AUGAUAAGCUCGGUGUGUGUUUCGUCUUACCGAGGGCGCAAGUCAGGUAACAAACCUCCAUCGAAAUCAUGUCUGAAGGAGGAGAUGGCCAGGGGGGAGGACUCGGACAAAAUCAUCAUCAACGUCGGCGGCACACGACACGAGACCUACAAGAGCACCCUGAGGACCCUGCCGGGCACGCGCCUGGCGUGGCUGGCCGACCCCGACGUCCGAGUCGCCUCCGAGUCGGACUCGGCGCCCGUCGGUACAAACGAGUUCUUCUUCGACAGACACCCCGGCAUAUUUGCCUACGUGUUGAACUAUUACAGAACCGGGAAGCUACACUGCCCCGCCGAUGUCUGCGGACCCCUCUUUGAGGAGGAGCUGGCGUUUUGGGGGAUCGACGAAACCGACGUGGAGCCGUGUUGCUGGAUGACUUACAGACAGCACAGGGACGCGGAGGAGGCCCUCGACACCUUUGAACCCCCGGACCCAGACGACACCGACGACGAGCGGGAGAUACCGAGGCGCUUCGGCAUCGAGGACUGCCCGGACAGGUCGAGGGGCUGCUGUGAAGUUUGGCAGCCAAAGAUAUGGGCUCUGUUCGAGGACCCGUACUCAUCCCGGGCAGCGAGGGGAGUAGCAUUUGUGUCUCUCUUCUUCAUCCUGGUGUCCAUCACUACCUUCUGCUUGGAAACCCAUGAAGCCUUCAAUGACCUGAAGAACCGAACAGAGCUGGUGGUUGUUGGUAAUGUCACAAAGGAAUUGCAGACAUGGGAAAUGGUGACCAAGCCCAUUCUCAACUUGGUUGAGGGGAUCUGUGUGAUCUGGUUCACCUUUGAAUUCCUAGUGCGUGUCAUCUGCUGUCCAAACAAAGUGGUCUUCAUCAAAAACAUGCUCAACAUCAUUGACUUUGUGGCCAUUCUGCCAUUCUACCUAGAAAUGAGCCUGAGUGGCCUGUCAUCCAAGCCCGCUGACGACGUCCUGGGCUUCCUCCGUGUGGUGCGAUUCGUGCGCAUCCUCCGAAUCUUCAAGCUGACGCGACACUUUGUUGGGCUGCGUGUCCUGGGUCACACACUCAGGGCCAGUGUCAAUGAAUUCCUCCUGCUCAUCAUCUUUUUGGCACUGGGUGUGCUCAUCUUUGCCACCAUGAUCUACUAUGCGGAGCGCAUUGGAGCCAAACCCGACGACCCCACAGGCUCCAACCACACACACUUCAAGAACAUCCCAAUCAGCUUCUGGUGGGCCGUGGUCACCAUGACGACCCUGGGCUAUGGUGACAUGUACCCCAAGACUUGGUUGGGCAUGAUGGUGGGUGCACUUUGUGCGCUGGCUGGGGUGUUGACCAUUGCCAUGCCUGUGCCUGUCAUCGUCAAUAACUUCGGGAUGUACUACUCCCUGGCCAUGGCCAAACAGAAGUUGCCUAAGAAGAAGAAGAAGCACAACCCCAACCCGGAUGUACCGACUGACUCGGCUUCAUUUGGAAAGUCAGACACUAACUCACCCAGAAACAGCACACAGAGCGACACGUGCCCGCUGGCUGCAGAGGAGAAUGUCAGCAGGAACCGCUCAGACUCCAAACAGAAUGGGGAUGCAAACGUGGCCCUUUCAGAAGAGGAGGGCUGCAGCCUGACCCAGCCACUGUCCCCCAGCGAGAAGUGGUCCUUGCGGUGUUCCCGACCACGCGACAAGACUAAGAAAGAGGCCACCUGCUUCUUGUUAACCUCUGGAGACUUCUCUUGUCCUGGAGAGCCCAACAUCCACACUGAGAGCUGUAAAGACAUCCUCGCUGCCACUGGCAAUUAUGCCCAGCCGGAGGUUACCACCCUGACCUGAUUCUCACAGGCUAUCCACAGCAGAUGUGGUGUGAAUCCAUGGCUAAUAGAGAGUAGUUUUGCGGUGGAGUAGUUCUAGUCCCCCUUUUCACCCCAACAAAUGAACUGCAGAUUGAAUUAUUUUCGUUCGGGACAAGAUGGCUUACUGUCUCAUAGUCACACACCCAAAACCCUAUGGUAGAAAAUCAGAAGUGUAAUCAGCAUAUUGUGUGUGCACUCAUCUACUUGUUUCCAAAGCAUUUGGCAUGUAUUGCAUGAGCUAGCAUUGUGUGAUGUACCCUCCAAACGAUUACCAUUAACAUGCUUACCAUAAAGGGACGCAAUCCCGCUUGUCUUUAUCUGAAGUGACUCUGUUGGCGGUCAUACGUUUCUGUCACCUUGGUCAUAUUUUUGAUGAUGAGA